CCACCAAGCAGCAACAACCUGACUGUAACGCUGCUUCUUCUCGGUGCAUUUUCAGGGACGAAAAUGGCUGAUUUUGCGGACGAUACCGGGGCUCGAGCCUUGCUGGCGCUGAAAUCUGCGCCUUGUAGCCCGGUCCGAGUGGCGACUGCGCCCGUGUACACUUUCCCGUCUAAUUCGACAUCCAUGCCUCUCUCUGCGCCCCAGGCCCUUGCGCGGUUGGAAGGCAGGGACUUCGAGUUCGUCAUGCGCCAGAGGACGGUGACCGUGGGUCGGAACUCUUCCCACGGCUCCGUGGAUGUCAACAUGGGUCACUCGAGCUUCAUAUCUCGGCGACAUUUUCAGAUAACGUUCGAAGAGCCGCAUUUUUACCUGCGCUGUCUGGGGAAGAACGGUGUAUUCGUUGAUGGUGUGUUCCAGAGGAGGGGUGCUCCCCCGUUCCAGUUACCGAGAGAGUGCACCUUUCGCUUUCCCAGCACUGUCAUUAAGAUCCAGUUCACUGCGCUGUACCACAAAGAGGUGAAGAAGGAGGAGGCCCCCCUGUCUCCAGUGAGGCCACUGUACCCCCAGAUCUCCCCUCUGAAAAUCAACAUUCCCGACACAGACUUCAGGAGUAUGAUGAGCCCGCUGCCCUCUCCUACCGGAACCAUCAGCGUCCCUAACUCGUGUCCGGCGAGUCCCCGUGGGGCGGGAUCCUCGGGGUACCGCUUUGGACGCAACGUCACUUCAGACCUCCAGCUGGCGGCGGAGUUCGCGGCCAAAGCGGUGUCGGAGCAGCGAGCCGAUGCGUCCGGAGGCGAGAGCCCCAAGGAUGAGUCGAAGCCGCCCUACUCGUACGCACAGCUCAUCGUUCAGGCCAUCUCCUCCGCGCUGGACAGACAGCUCACCCUGAGCGGCAUCUACGCCCACAUCACCAAGCAUUACCCCUACUAUAGGACGGCGGACAAGGGCUGGCAGAACUCCAUCCGUCACAACCUGUCCCUGAACCGCUACUUCAUCAAAGUGCCCCGUUCCCAGGAGGAGCCGGGGAAGGGGUCCUUCUGGAGGAUCGACCCCUCGUCCGAGGCCAAGCUGGUGGAGCAGGCCUUCCGAAAGCGCCGGCAGAGGGGCACGUCCUGCUUCCGCACCCCCUUCGGCCCCCUCUCCUCCAGAACAAAGAGCGCCCCAGCCUCCCCCACCCACUCGAGCGGCCUGCAGACCCCUGACUGCCUGUCCAGGGAGGGCUCACCUGUGUCCCACGAGCAGGACCUGGGCUCCAAGCUGGCCUCCGUGCCCGAGUACCGCUACACCCAGAGUGCACCAGGCUCUCCCGUCAGCGCCCAGCCAGUCAUCAUGACCGUGCCCCCCCAGCCCGCGGCCGGGGGCGGGGCCAAGCCGCUGGCCUACGUCGCUGCCUCCCUCUUUGCCUCCCAGCAGGCCCCGGGCCACGCCCUCCACGUGGUCCAGCAGGCGCCCACCGUCACCAUGGUCAGGGUGGUGACCACCUCGGCCAGCUCCCCCAAUGGGUACAUUGUUGCCGGUACCAAUGCGCACCCAGCAGGAGAGAGCCCCGGGGAGCCAAAAGGUGCUGGAGAGGAGAAGACCGUCGUGAGCUACGCGUCUCUACCCACUUCCAGCCGGGUCAUCCAGGCGGUGGGCAGCGCCGCAGGGGCGGGCAGCGGCGGGCAGCAGACCUUCACCAUCCUGCAGCAGACGCCCGUCUCACUGGGCCAGCACCAGCUGCCCGUCAGACCAAUCACCCAGAACGGCAAGCACGCCCUCCCUGUCACCAGCGUCACCGGCGUGGCUGGCAGCGCCUAUGCUAUCACCAACCCACUUCAGAUGCUGGCUGCCCAGGCAUCCAGCUCUCCCCCUGUUGUGGUGAACAGGCCACCCAGUGUGGAGGCUGAGGAGCCGGGCUCUACACCAAGCGAGCCUGAGGCUAAGAGGCCUAAGAUGGAAGAUGGUGAUGCGGCCUCAGUCCCUCAGCCGGUUAUUGUAGCGAUGAACCAGGAAGCCAGCGAAUAAAGCAGGCGGAAGAAAACAGGACUGAACAGAGGAUCAUUAUAAACGUGCCCCACAGUAUAUAAAUCCAGUGUGCCAAACAAAAGGGGUAAAAUGUCUCUUAUUCAGAACUUAAUGUGUGAGAGAUGGUAGCGCAAUUCAAACAGACCAUUGAUUGUAUAGUUUUGCAAGAGGAGGGUUUUUUUACUAUGCGUUUGAGCCAUACUUAUGAUUGGUCAAAAUGCAUUUAUCCAGUAAGCCUUAAAACAGAGGUGUUCUACUGUUUGAUUACCUGGAGGUGUUAAUCAAAACGGUAAAGGUUCCUCAGAAAGAGAACCUACCUGUACAAGUUCUCAAAUAUAAGAGCAUUAAUAUAAUUUUUCAGUAGAUAUCCUCAUUGUAGUACUUCAGUACAUUUAAUAGGUGGAUGGGGGGUGGGACCAAAGCCUACACAUCUUUGUUUGACUUUAGGUAGUUUCUCAGAACAGAAGUGUUAAAGGCCUAGGAGCCUGUGCUGUUUGAGUCUCGGCUUCAAAUUAUUAUUGUGAAUACAGAUUUAUUCAUCUCCCAUUUUGUACUUGAUGUCAGCAUCUGUCUUUGAUGCAUGCAAUCUUUUUUUUCAAAUAAAGAAUGUUACAGAUAAAAGCAAAAAACAGAGGAUGAAAAUUUAAAAAAAUAAUAAAUUUAAAAAAUUCCGGGACUGAAAAUUCUCUCUUGUCCCA